ACAAUUCGAUUGUUUAUUGGCUCAUCGCUUGGAGGUAGUGAAAUAGCUAUUUGGAUGACAAUUUCAUCAGCUCCAUAUUCAUUAGCUAAGGAGAGAGCUAUAAUCUCAUAAGCGAAUAUUAAUUUAAUGCAGUCGUAGGAGGUUGUCUGGUUUUCGUUACAAUAUGGUAUUAACGAAGGAAUAUCGCAUAUGUAUGCCGCUUACUACAGGGGAGUAUCGGAUAGGGCAACUUUAUAUGAUUGCUAGACACAGUCAUGAGCAAUCAGAUAAUGAUGAAGGUGUUGAGGUUGUUGAAAAUGUGGAGUGUGAUGAUCCAGAACAUGGAAAGGGUCAAUAUACAGAGAAGCGAAUCCAUCUAUCUAGUAAAUUGCCAUAUUGGAUUCAAUCUCUCAUUCCUCGAAUAUUUUAUGUCACAGAGAAGGCAUGGAAUUAUUAUCCCUUUACUGUCACAGAAUACACUUGUUCUUUUAUUCCAAAAUUGUACAUCUCAAUAAAAACGCGAUAUGAGGAUAACAAUGGAUCUACAGAAAAUUGUUUAGGUCUGUCUCCUAUUGAAUUGAUUCAUCGUGAGGUUGAUUUUGUGGACAUUGCGUAUGACGAAUUAUCCGCGAAGCACUAUAAAGAGGAAGAGGACCCAAAAUUCUUUAAAUCUCAACGAACUGGUCGUGGACCAUUGGUAGAAGGGUGGAAGGGCACCACACAGCCUAUAAUGUGUUCUUACAAGCUAGUUCAAGCUUCUUUUGAAGUGUGGGGUAUGCAAACUCGAGUGGAAGACUUCAUUCAUAGAUGUAUUAGAGAUAUUUUAUUAUUGGGUCAUCGUCAAGCAUUUGCAUGGAUUGAUGAGUGGUAUGACAUGACACUGGAGGAUGUUCGACAGUACGAACAAAAGAUGCAAGCUGAAACUAAUGAGAAAGUGCGACUCAGAAAUAUGAAUAACGAGAAGCCACCAACACCAACCACACCAACUUCAUCAAUGCCGUCUUCACCAUUACCCAAAUCUCCUACACAGUCCACUCGAUCAUGGUUCUCUUGGUCUUAGCCAUAUUGUUAGAGUAAUCAACUUAUCUAGGGAACGUAAUUAUGAUUGUGCAAAUAAAUAUCAGCACUUUCGAUUCUGUGUGUGUGUGUAUAUAUAAUAUAUAUAUAUAUAUGUAUGUAUAUAUGUAUGUAUGUAUGUAUGUAUAUGUAUAUGUAUGUACAUUAUAGCCAGGUACCUGCAACAGGAUUUGCGAACCAGAGUUCCUGAUCUGUUUUUCUUUUUUAGAUCAUUUUUCUGCAAUAUUGUCAAACAAAGAAUAUCUAUCGUCUACGCAAUGUUGAAUAUUUUUAUAGUUUAUUCAUGUCUAUGCUAAUCAGUUUAGGACUAGCUGAAAGUAGUAUUUUAAAAAGUGCAGGUUUCCCGCGAACUUAUGUUAACUUUAGUAUUUGUUCUCCUUUAUAACAUUCAUUGCAGAUUAUAUUGUUGUAUUUUAAGUUAAAGAUAUUUAUAAAGUCAUUUUAUCAAGGCAGGAAGUAAAGAUAUCAGGAGUAGUUCUUGAAUACUUGUAAAUGUCGUAAAAGUAGUAGCGAAACUUAGACCUAGUUAGGGAAGGCACCAUGGUACAUCCAAAGUGGAUACUUAUUGGUAUUAUAUACACACCGGCUUAAGCUAUAUUGAUGUGUGAAAUACUGUAAAGAUCAGUGAUUAGUGUUUAACAUAAGAAUUAUUAAUUGUCAUAGCAGAUUGUAUACUAUGCUAUGUGUAUACUAUUUCUUGAUGCAAUUACGAACUCUCACGGCACUAAUGAAUUGUGUUCUUUUUUUGAUUUAAUAAUGAGGUUUAUAUUAACUUAAAGAUACCUAUAGUAUUUUUUCUAAUUGAAUAGCAGGUUGUACAUACAGAAUUAUCUGAGAUAGGAUAUUAAUUCUACUUCUUGUAGGCUUUAAAAAGGACCAGGAGUAUCUGUUUUUAAUUUUGUGUUAGCAUCUGAAUUCUCUGCUGUUUCUAAUUUAUAAUAAUUAUGUGCUGUCCAAAAUUUUCUUGGGACCAAAACAGACCUUAAAACAAAAAGAGGUGGAAAGAUACAUACGCACAACAAUUCACUUUUAAUUUUUAUAUAAAAUUAAAGCUUGAAACUACAGCUAUACACAUUUGCAAUGUGCAUUUUGUGCCGUGGAAAGAAAACUGUUCGAUCUCAUUGUUAAGAAUCUUUUCAUUGCUUAAUUUCCAUUGCUUAUAGCAUGUUUAAAAUUGUGUUCUUUUUUAAAAGGGUACUCACUGCAGAGCAUUUAAUUGCCUCUUUAUUGUACGAAUAUGUAUUUAAAUAAACGUUUCAAGCUAUUCUUUUCAGAA